AUGCUGUUCGGGGCGUUCGGUGAUGGCGUCGGGCGGGGGCCUUCCGGCGCUGCGGCGGUGGCAGCGGUUGGUUUUGGGCUGGCUUUGGGCAGCUGCCAGGCUGUGGGAGCCUCCUGCAGGAAAGGGCAAACCUCGGCGGCGAGCGGAGCGGGCUUCCCCUACGAACCUACGAACAGUUCAUUUCCCCGCGAAGUCAAGCGCUCUCUCGGGGAAGUGCCUGUGCCGCGGGGGGAGCCCGAGGGGGUCCCCGCGAGAGGUGGCGGCAAGCGGAAAGGCAGGAGCAAGAAGUGGAGGGAGAUCCUCCGGUUCCCACAUGUCAGCCAGUGUGAUGAGCUGCGGAAGGGCUUGGAGCAGGACUACGGCAGCCUGUGCCAGAAGCAGCCCAUCGGCCGUGGGGUUGGCUUUCCAGGGCUGCCCGGGGAGCUGGGGGCCUCAGGGGGAGCAGCCGGAGCCUCUCGGGCGUGCAGAGACCCAACAGCCCUGGGGGCUGCUAAUGGGAAACACGUGCCUGCGGACUACGAGCUCUCCCCGGAUGAGAAGCGGAAGGAGAUGGGGGAGGAGAUCAUCUGCCAGUUCCUCAAGCAGGAGGGCGGGAGGAGGCUGGAGUCUCCGGGGAUGCUCUCCCCACCCCACGCCCUGUUGCUUUCUGGGUUUCACGUUUUACUGUCUCCACCACCUAUUUUGCCACCAGACCUAUUUCUGGGGUCCGAGGGGGAUGGCUGUGUGCCAUUGCUGAACGCGGAGGUAACGCGCUCUCUGCUCUCAGGUCUGAGAAGACAAGCCGCUGUCGCCAUCAGCCAGGAGCUGAGCAAGCUCGCCUGCCGUGGCACGGGACCCAGCACGUGGAUUAACCAGGUUCGCAGAAGAAGCUCCUUGCUCAGCUCAAGGCUGGAGGAGAAGCCCUUCAGCGAGAUGGAAAUGUCUUACAUCAAGCAAGGAGAGGAAGCCCUCCAGAAAUCGCUCAGCAUCCUCGGGGACCAGGACGGCUGGAAGACAGAGACGGUGGUGGAUAACGGAGACAAAGUGCAGAGCAAGGUGCUCCCGGACGUGGGCAAGGUGUUCCGACUGGAGGUGGUGGUGGACCAGCCCCUGGACGCAGUGUACAGCGAGCUGGUGGACAACAUGGAGCAGAUGGGAGACUGGAAUCCCAACGUCAAAGAAGUCAAGAUUCUCCAGAAGAUUGGAAAGGACACAGUGAUCACCCACGAGAAGGCAGCCGCUACCCCCGGUAACAUUGUCGGACCACGGGACUUCGUGAGCGUCCGCUGCUCUAAGAGACGUGGCUCCACCUGCGUCCUGGCCGGCAUGUCCACAAAACACGGGGCUAUGCCAGAACAGGAAGGAUUUGUAAGAGCUGAGAACGGUCCCACGUGUAUGAUCCUGCGCCCGCUGCCCGGCAGUCCUUCGCAAACCAAGCUAAUAUGGCUUCUCAGCAUUGACCUGAAGGGCUGGCUGCCGAAGACCAUCAUCAACCAGGUUCUGUCCCAGACGCAGGUCGACUUUGCCAACCACCUUCGGGAGCGCCUGGCCCGGACGGUGGCCGUGAACUGCUGA